AUGGAUUCCAGCUCACAUAAAUUCUAUCCUGAACACGGCUUUGAUUCUAGAGAACAUCUGGAAACAUAUUUUUCUAACAAACCAGACAUGGCUUUUGGAGAUGAUACAAUGAAAUUUCCAAUGGAAUGUUUACACCGUGCUUUCAAUGAGGGUCACAUUAAGGGAGAUCUUAUGAUUGACAUCAGUCAUGGAUCCUUAGUUCCUGCUCUCUAUACAGCCAGUAGAUUUUUCAAAGAGAUCCUUGUGCUGAAGUGCUCUGAGCAAUGUAUUAUGGAGCUGAGCAAAUGGAUUGACAAACGUACAGGAGCGUUCGAUUGGUCUCACAUAUUUCCAUCUGUUAAAGGCACAGAAGGAAACAGUGACCAGUGUCAGGACAGUGAACUGUUGAAGAUGGCAAUAACAAAGAUCAUGAAAUGUAACAUUGACAAAGAGAAUCUGACGGACCCGGAGGUGCUCCCACCAGCAGACUGUGUCAUCAGUGGAUGUAUGCUGGAUGUCAUCAGCAAAGACCAAGAUGAUUAUAUAAUUAAUUUCAGGAAAUUUGUGAAGCUACUAAAACCUGAAGGAUACCUGAUAUUGUUUGGGGCUUUAAAUACAACUUAUAUGAUGAUUGGGCAGGACAAGGUACAUGUGUUCAAAUAUGAUGAGAACUUUGUAAAAAAAGUUCUCGCUGAUGAAGGGUUUAUUAUUGACCACUGUGCAGUCCAGAAAAGAACAUCAGUGAGUGACCUUACUGACUAUGGGGCAAUUAUAUUUAUCUUAGCUCAUAGAGAGUAAUAAGGCCUGAUUCUGAGUCACAUGCUGUGUCAGGUGCAGUUGAGCAUUUUCUUUAUACUGUGCAUGUGUCUAAAUCGCACUGUACAUACAUCCUGAUUGUGUUUGUACAGAGAUGAAGAAGCAAUUUUAGACACAUGCAGGAGUGUAUUGAAAAUGUAUUUUGUGUUUCCAUGGGUGGUUUAAAAAAGAAAAACUCCCAUGUGCAUGCUCCAUGUGGACCUCCUCAUCUUUGGUAGAGCGGUAGACUCUGACUAUGGGGGUGAUUCAGAUUUGAUUGCUAACUUUGCUGUCCUGCGUUCAGAUAGUCGCCACCUCCAGGGGAGUGUAAAUUCACUGUGCUAGUGUGCGUUCCCAUGUGUACGCCAAAUUGCUAAAAUCCACUGUGUCCAGUCUUUGCCCAGCUCAGGACUUACUCUUACAGUGCGAUCACAGCAGGCUGAUUGGGGCUGGAGCUGACGUCAGACACCCUCUCUGAAAACGCUUAGGAACACCUGCAUUUUUCCAUACACUCCCAAUAAAUGGUCAGGUACCACCCACAAAUGGCUUCCACCUGUCAACCACCUUGCGAAUGCCCGCGCGAUCAGAUUUUUCACACCAUCCCGUCGCUGACCAAUGAUGCCCUUUGUUGCUGUCCAAUGUGCAUGCGUAGUUAGUACCUGAUCACCCGCUGUGUGUGAAAAUGCACAUCAGUGAUUAGAUCUAAAUCAACCCCUUUGUGCCAAUAUUGACUAAGCAUGUGCUCUAGGAUUUUUGCAUCUCUGCAGCCAGGCUGAUGGAGUAUAAUUAUAUGGGUUCAGGGUGUGCAGUGUGUAGAUCCCCCUAAACCCAUGGACCCAUGUGCACUGCACACCCUGCACCUACUAAAGAUACACCAGUGGGCUUCCUGGGUGAUGACUGGGUGUUAACUGGGAGGUGGCUAGUCUGAUGUAUGUAGAGGGUUAAUUUAAUGGAAGUGCAGGAGUGAUGCUGGUAUGUUACUGCAGUGGCUUCGUACACAGAUGUUUAGAUGCUAACAUUGGAGGCCACUCUCAGAAGGAAAAUCUGCACCUAGCUUAUGGCUGGGGUAAGUGUCUGUGGUGUGACUGAUGGUGACAUGUAAAGACAUACUGAGCGGUAUUACAGCAUCUACAGAUGCAGGAGGUCAGCGUCUCGGCCCUGGAACAGUCAGACGCAGCUUGCACACCAGGAAAAGGGUUUUUACAGCAUUAGAAUAUAGUCAUAGAUACAACUACACCAAAAGAAGCGGCGGCAGCGUGUGACUCAAAUUAGUCCCUACUGUAAGUCUGAGAUGCAAAUAUACUUAAAUACACCAGAUCUUCCUGACAAUGUGCAAAUGAUAAACCUUAAUAAAAUGAUUUCCCAUAUAUUACUGUACAUUUAUACUCAGCUGA